CUUUCCGGCGGGGCGAGGCGGAAGCGGCCGCGGGGCCGAGCGGGGGCCGGGGCCGGUCGUUCCCGCGGUCCUGCCGGCAUGAGCGGCGAGCGGCGACGGCCGGGCCGAGCUCCGCGCUCUCCCCUGGGGCCCGGCCCGGCGGCGGCCGCCGGGGCUCGCCGGGGGGUGCCGGCCUCGGGCGGCGGCGCGGGGCGGUGCCGGGCGGGACGGAGCGAGGCGGAAAGCCAGGAUAAUCUUCAAGGGUGGAUGACAGAACCAACCAACCUUUCUGCAGGUGCAGAAGAGCAAAAAGAGAGUGUUCCCACACAGCUGAUGAAGCAUAAAAAUGAAGUCGGUGUUGCUUCUGAGGAACUUGGCUCAGCAAAUGCAGCUGCAGACCAUAAAGAGCAAAUUACAUCAGAAAUAAGACAAGACUGUGUAUACAGAAGUAGUGGGAGACCUGAGAAGACAGAUCAUAUCUCUUGUGAUAUGAUUAAAUCUCUUGUGAUGGAUCAGGAUGCAUCCAGAAACCGUGAACUGUAUGUACCUGUGUCUAGUAAUCGUUCAGCAGUGGAGUCAUCUGAGGAGAGUGAGGAGGACAUGUAUCGUGAUGAAGAAGAAAUAGAGAGGGAGAAAAUACUACUUUGUGAAACAAACUCACCAGAAUAUAAACUAAGUGUUUCACCUGAAAUGGACAUUAUGGAGUAUUGCAGAAGGGAAUGGAGAGGAAAUACACCAGCAGCGAAAAGGAUGAGGAAGGGAUAUGAAGCAGUUGCUCAGAAGUUUGCAUCUAUAAGGAGAAUACGAGGUGACAACUAUUGUGCUUUCAGAGCAACUCUUUUCCAGGCUUUAAGCCAAGCUACCCAGUUACCAAGGUGGCUGCAGAGUGAGGAUUUUGCUAUGCUUCCUGAAAACUUGCUGAGCAAGUAUGACUGGAUCAAGCAGUGGCAGCUCAGACAGAAACCUGGCAAGAGGAUGGGAGAAAUAAGUGAUGAAAUAAAACAGUAUUUAACACUUCUAAGGAAAAAGUGGAAGAGUAUAAGUGAAAUAAAGAGUCCCCUUGAGAAACAAGAAGCUUGUGAUAAAUUGUUUAAAAAUGAAGAGGAGGAGUAUAGUCUCUAUGAAGCGCUGAAAUUUCUGAUGCUUAACACUGCCAUUGAGUUAUACAACGCCGAUAAAAGUGGCAGGAGAGUGCCUGUGUUCUCCUGGCUCCUGUUUGCACGGGAUACAUCCAGCAACCCGUGUCAGUUAAUGCAAAAUCACUUGAAUCAUAUUGGGCACAGCGGAGGCCUGGAACAAGUAAGGACAGGUGGAAAUGUUUCUUCUUGCUUAUGCUCUGCAGUACACCAUCCAGGUGUACCGACUCUACAAGCACAGCACGGAUGAGUUCAUCACGCUUUACCCCAACGACCCCGAGGAGGGCUGGCCUCUGGUGACGCUCAUAACUGAGGAUGACAGACAUUACAAUAUUCCAGUCCGGAUGUGCCAAGAGACAGUGCUGUGAACAAGUGAACGUUUGGCAGACAAACCUGUGCUGCUUAGGGAGGUUUCCCAUGCUAUUUUGAAACAGGACAAGGACAAAAUCCGUGUGAUUAAAUCAACAACUUGAAGUUUGUGUUUUGGAAGUUGACAUCUGAAAUAAAGUAUCAAAUAGGUACUAUCUUGAAUAGUAAAACUUUGGCAAGCAUGGCUUUCUUUUCCACUUUUUUUUUUUAAAAAGGAAGCUUCUGCAGUCCUUUUUUUGAAGGACAUACAUUAAAUAGAAUUGCCAAACUAUAGAUUUGUUCCUUUUAUUUCUUUUAGCAGGUAAGACAUGAGCUAACUUUUUGCUCCCCAAAAUGACAAUUGAAAUUUCUGGGAAAGUAAGGUGGCAGUGUCUUGGCAGAUGUUUGUAAUAGUGCUCAGAAGCCAUUUAUACAAAAUGCGGUCUCGGGAAGUAAUACAAUUCUUUUGCAGUUGGAAUUUAACGCCUGCCAUGGUUUAUGCUAUAAGAGAGAAAUUUCUUAAAGUUUUCCAAUGCUUUGGAUUGUUUUUUUUUCUACAUAAGUCUCUUAUUUAGAAGCCAGUUGUCUGUUACACUGAAAAUGAACUGCUCUUCUCCUUUCAACCUGUGGAGAGGAAUGUGGCAGAUGGGAUAAGGGAGUGUAAAGGUUGUUUGAUAGUCAGUCACAAAGUCAAAGACUACAAAGAAUUCUUACUUACAUUAUGACAGCUGUUAGGAGAGAGCCAAAUGCCUGUUAACUUCCAUGUCCAUGUUAUUGUUCCUGUAGUGUUAAUCCUCUCUGGCAGCUGCUCCGGACAACAUGAGGAUUUUAAUAUGUCCAGGAAGUGCAGUACCUGGAAAUAAAAUUUUGGUGCAGCUUACUCCUCCCAGGGGUGGAGAUAUGAGAGGUUCUGUUUCUGCUUAGUUAUUCACUAUGCUUUAAAAGUGAAAGAAUACAGAAUGUAUCAGAUGCUGGAAGUGCUGACAAAUCUUUAAAAAUAAUUAAAUAUUGAAGAAUUCAGCUUUUAGGUUCAAGUAGAAGUGUGUCCUACAGAUGACUUUUGGAACAAGAGAGUGAAAGCUGAUUGAAAUGCUGGUCACACACAGGUCACUUAGAAGGCCUUCAUAUGUAAAUGAGAUAAGGGUAUAAAAACUUUUCAUUUGAAUAUUCUGGAGAAAGUGGCAUGCAAAAUUCUUCAGUUCUAGUUGAUAUUAAUAUGUUAACUAUUAUUAUGAAAGAUAAUAUACACAAUGAAAAUGUGCAUUCACCAUGUUCUAAAAUGUGUUUUAAACACAUUAAUGAGGCUUACGUACUCAGUGUUAUAUUUGUCAUGUUUUCGUUGCCUUCUAAAUCAAUUAAUUUGUUACUGAAAGUUUCUGGGAGCUACAAGGGAAUAAAAAUAAACUUAAUAAAUUCA